AUGGAGGACAGAUGGAGGGAUGUUAUCAAGUCCAGCUCCUUUGUUAACAUCAAGAUUUUGGAGUUUUUGCUUUACGUCGUUUUCAGUCACUCUGAUGGAACCAAGACAGUCGAAGACAGGAAAUGUAAAGAAAACAGUUCUCCAGAUUCCCUGUAUGAAACCUCAGGUCAAAGAGCGCCAUUGAAAAAGAGACACAGAGAGAAAAAGAAAAAGAAGGCACCUUGGUACAGUGCUUUGUACCCCACUUAUAAGUCCAAAUGUGAGGAUUUCAAAAGAAUUUUUAAAGAACUUCCUUCUGAUGAAAGACUAAUUGUUGACUAUUCCUGUGCUGUUCAGAGAGAUAUAUUAAUCCAUGGACGGCUCUACGCUUCCCAGAACUUCUUAUGCUUUUAUGCCAACAUUUUUCGUUGGGAAACCCAGAUAACUGUCAGAUGGAGAGAUAUUACUUCUCUAACAAAAGAAAAGACAGCUCUGGUGAUACCGAAUGCAAUAUUAGUCCAGACAGAGUCGGAACGGUAUUUCUUUGCCUCCUUCGCCACUCGAGACAAGACCUAUCUUAUGCUUUUCAGAAUAUGGCAGCAUGCACUUAUGGAUCAGCCGAUGCCUGUUCCGGAGUUGUGGCACUGGGUGCACGUCUGUUAUGGGGAAGAGCUCGGCCUGUCCACCGAUGAUGAAGACUACGCUUCCUCCAUGGCUGUGGUCGGGGGAAAACUGCCCUCAACUCUAACCUCGGAUUCAUUUUUUGAGGAGAGCACGCAGGGCCCGAAGAAGAGGCAGGAAGGCAGGGAGAUGCCGGUGCCGGGGGAGGCAGUGAAUGGAGCAAUGUCUGGUGCCGGAGACAAUCUGCCCGACCUCAGCGACUCUUCCGACACCGAGGAUGACAGAAACACUGUUCCUAAAGAGAGUUCCAGGCUAGAUCCAGUGGUUUGUCCGUUGACUCACGAAGGGAAAUUGUUGUUGAAGGAGGUCCUUCCAGGAAACGUCAAUGAUCUUUUUACGCUUCUCUUUACCUUCAACGACUUCAACAAGAAUCUCAUGGAGUCUAUGAAAUACACAGAUAUAAAUGUUGCGGAUUGGGAGGAAAACUCAGACACAGCCCUGAAGAUGCGGAUCAUCACGUUGACUGUGCCAGUACAUCAGCCUGUUGGACCAAAAACAUGCAAAGUCACCGAAACACAGGUGAUGCAGGCGUGUAGUCGGCCGGGAGAGUUGUACGUAAUCGAGGUGGAAGCAGUCAACUCUGGCGUCCCUUACUGUGACUCAUUCUAUGUCGCUACUCACUACUGCCUUACGUGGACCUCGGAAAGUGAAACUACAUUCACUGUCCACUGCCAGCUCAAGUAUCGCAAGAGUGUCUGGGGCUUUGUUAAAGGUUUCAUCGAGAAGAACGUGUGGGCCGGGCUGGAGGAGUUUUACGAAGCAUUGAGAAGUGCGUUAAUCACACAGUGUGCCAAGAAGGAACCAUUGGCCGAGAUAGAGGAAAUCAAGGUCCAGAAGGUAGAAGCAGUCACACGGAGUGCACCAAUGUUGCAUGCUGAGCCGAAAGUGGUCGGCAGUACAUCAGCACCGCCUCCUGCGUUCUCUCUAACCAACGACUUGACUCUGUGGGCAAUACUGGGCGUGCUAACCGUACUGCUGCUGCUCAACGCAGUCCUCUACUACAAACUGUCCGUGUUGGAAGAUUACGAUAGAGAGUCGACGCUAUCGUCAGUCAUCGACUCGCAGAUUUUAAGUAGAGAGAGGUCACAUGACCAGUGGGUGGCACUACUGAGGUCCCAGGCUGUCCAACAUUACAAAGGGGUUCAGCAGUGGAGAACUGCGUUGAAAUCAAUUGUCUCCUUGCUUAAACAGGCUGAAGACUCCAUAACUGAUCUCCACUCUAGUAUUCAUUCUGCUGUAAACGAGAGAGUGUUAGAAGCACUGAAGCCACUUUCAAGUUUAGAUGAUAUCGUAUUAUCAAAUAAGCGUAAUGAACUGUGAUUAUUUAUCGGUUGUAAUAAAUUAUUAAUUGUUUUAGCCCUAAUAUGUUCAUAGGAAAAUUUUUAUAUUUGCACAUACAAAUGCACCCCAAAAAAUGAGUUUGAAACUGUAAAUAAUUUAUAUUUUGUAAAUAAGAUUUAUUCUCAGCACUGUUGUGUUGCAUUAAAAGACUAUAUUUGCACUGUU